AAUGAUUCCAAGUUGGGAAGGAUUCGAUGACUGGGUGACUUCUUGCCAGUUUGAAGAGUGCCUCAACGAAUGGAUUGCCAUUGAUUUUAGGAAGGAAUACGAUAUACUUGACUUUUGCAUAAAGCAAAAGAUCAAUAUAAACCAAAAAAAGUUAGAGUUAGUUUCGGAGGAAAUGCAGGCGCAGCAGUAUACACACGAAGCGUUGAUGGAAGAUGAUAAAAUCUAUACAAAUGUGGCCGACUCUCUUUUAGGAGCAACUUGCCACCAAACUAGUUUUUCCCAAGAAAAUCCAUGUUCCAAAACUAUGCAAGAGCUAUAUUACAAAGAGUGGACUUUGAAUUGUGCGCCGGACUGCAUUGGACAAUCUGCCACUAUAACGUUUGCAUACCCAACCAAACCAGACCGUUUAUGCAUUAAAAAUAGAAUAGAACCAGACUCGUCUGUCAAACAGUUGAAAGUAACGUGGAGUUCUUUGCACGUUCAAUUUAUGAUGUUGAAAAGUGGCUGGACGACAAUGUGUUUAACCUAUAAUGGACAAUCGACGACGACAGAGACCUCCGUCCGACUAGAAAUAUUACAGAUUGAACCAACCAAUGGUGUUCUUGUCGGAUUUGGUCCAAUUCAAAUAUAUGGUAACGACUCCGCUGACAAGAAAGUCUACGCAAUAGACGAUAAAACGAAUUACGCUUACCCCGUUCCCGCUCUUUUACAUAAUAAUUUCACUUAUAUAGCCUUCCGCGUUAAGGGUCAACUUGCUGGUUUCACCGACGAUUGUUCGUCCCUUUCUGUAACAUUUACGAAGGAUUCAACUAUUUUAAAUCGAUUGCUGCUCGAUCAAAAAUCACCGAACGAAGAAUCCCUCCUGAACAUGGUGUAUCCCACCGCUCAAAGUCAUAAGUUAAGUCAUGCAGGAUCGUUGGUCGAUUGCGACGAAUGGAACGAUUUCUGGUUUGAAUUUACCGGAAGUCAAGUAAAAUUCGGUAUAGGAGAUCCAAACGAACGUUCAUAUCUACAAUCUAUAAACUUCACUUCAUCCGUAAACCUUUUGAAAGUAACCGAAAUUGAAUUUCAAAAUACCGAAUCACCGUUGAUUAACAAUGUACAGAUUCUUCGUAUAGGCGGAAGACAGCUUACUCUGUUGGACAGCGUAAAAUGUAAAUUUUCGGCCUACUACAACUUCUUUGAUCAGUACAUCUUCGUUUGCGUUCCACUCCAUUCGGCGUCCUCUUUCCUGCAGUUGAAAGUUAAAAGUGACCAAGGCACAAAGAUAACUAUCUAUAAUCCAAUAGUUAUUAAAACGGCCGACGACAGUUCGAGACAAACCGUCUUUAGCAAUAUGAACAACACCGAAAAUGAAAAGUCCUCGUACGGACACUUGUGUCAUCCUAACAGUGCAACGAACGACUAUACUCUAUUAUCGUUCGAUUGCCAACCAACAAAUAAUUUUAAAUUAAAGGAAAUCAUCAAUAGAGUUGUUUUGAAUGGCAAAGAGAGUGUGAGUAAGCAAUUGACUUGUCAUUUAUCCUUCUCGAGUUUGUAA